UCACCACCACCACCACCCACCACCACCACCACCACCACCACCACCACCACCACCUCACCACCACCCACCACCACCACCACCACCACCACCACCUCAGCACCACCCACCACCACCACCUCACCACCACCCCUCUCCACUCCACCACCACCCCUCUCCACCACCACCACCUCUCCACCACCACCACCUCCACCACCACCACCACCUCCACCACCACCACCACCCUCCACCACCACCACCACCUCCUCCACCACCACCACCACCACCACCACCACCACCACCACCACCACACCACCACCACCCUCCACCACCACCACCUCACCACCACUCUCCACCACCACCACCACCACCACCACCUCACCACCACCACCACCACCCUCCACCACCACCACCUCACCACCACCACCACCCACCUCUCCACCACCACCCACCACCACCCCACCACCACCACCCUCCACCACCAUCUCACCACCACCACCUCACCACCACCUCUCCACCACCACCCCACCACCACCACCCUCCACCACCAUCUCACCACCACCCACCACCACCCCCUCUCCACCACCACCACCUCCACCACCACCACCCUCCACCACCACCACCUCACCACCACCACCACCACCUCACCACCACCUCACCACCACCACCCCCUCUCCACCCACCACCACCACCACCUCACCACCACCCACCAUCACCUCUCCACCACCACCUCUCCACCACCACCACCUCUCCACCACCACCCCACCACCACCACCUCUCCACCACCAUCUCACCACCACCACCUCACCACCACCCUCCACCACCACCCCACCACCACCACCCUCCACCACCAUCUCACCACCACCCACCACCUCUCCACCACCACCCCUCUCCACCACCACCUCUCCACCACCACCCCUCUCCACCACCACCUCUCCACCACCCACCACCACCUCACCAUCACCCUCCACCACCACCACCUCACCACCACCACCACCUCACCACCACCUCACCAUCACCCUCCACCACCACCUCUCCACCACCACCACCACCUCACCACCACCUCUCCACCACCACCACCUCUCCACCACCACCCCACCACCACCACCUCUCCACCACCAUCUCACCACCACCACCUCACCCUCCACCACCACCACCACCUCACCAUCACCACCCUCCACCACCCACAGCAAGGGCCCCCAGUCCUCCCAGAGACACCCAACCACCUUCACCACCCACAGUCACCACCCACAGCAAGGGUCCCCAGUCCUCCCAGAGACACCCAACCACCCUCACCACCCACAGUCACCACCCACAGCAAGGGUCCCCAGUCCUCCCAGAGACACCCAACCACCCUCCACCACCCACAGUCACCAUCCACAGCAAGGGUCCCCAGUCCUCCCAGAGACACCCAACCACCCUCCAUCACCACCCACAGUCACCACCCACAGCAAGGAUCCCCAGUCCUCCCAGAGACACCCAACCACCCUCCAUCACCACCCACAGUCACCACCCACAGCAAGGAUCCCCAGUCCUCCCAAAGACACCCAACCACCCUCCAUCACCACCCACAGUCACCACCCACAGCAAGGGUACCCAGUCCUCCCAGAGACACCCACCACCCACUGA